AUGCUGUGUUCUGGGCCCUUUAUUUAUUUAUUCUUAGGCAUUUCCUGAGCACGUGAGCAGCUGUUUCUGUUUGCAGUGCAGUUUGGUUAAGGCAAGGUGGAGCUCUUCAGCUUUACCCUGUCUUUGCCCGGGAAGAGUAGAAAAUUAAUUGCUGGUUUCUCGUAUUAGUAGGAGUCCCUGGGUGGUGCAGAUGGCUAAGCACUCGACUACUAACUGAAAGGUUGGUGGUUCGAAUCCACCCAAAGACACCUUGAAAGAAAGACCUGGUGAUCUGUUUCCGAAAGUUAGCAGUCAUUGAAAAGCUUGUGGAGAGCAGUUCUGCUCUGACCCGUAGGAUCGCCAUGAGUCGGAAUUGACUCGACGGCAGCUGGCUUGGUUUUUGGAUGAUUGCUCUUUUAUCAGCCACCUUUUUUUCUGUAGCUAGGACCGCUAGUCAGCACGUUAAAUGCACUCUCCAAACUGACGCCUUUAAACCAACUGGUGAUAGAGUCUGCACUCCUUCAUGCCACGUUCCUUCUUUGUGCAAAAUUAAAAGUAGGUAAAAUUUUAUCUUUUCGGCAACUCGUGCUGGCACCUGACUCCGCCCCCAACCUGUGCAGUGCGUCUGCUGAGACUAACGCCUGCUCGCCAGCCCGUGUCAGCCCGCGUGGACCUGGACUCUGGCAGCAGGAAGAUCCGGUGGGGUCUCCUCAUCCUCGUUUGGGCUCUGCGUCCCCCUUCUUCAUGCUGCUGAGGUCGGCGAACAAACCUGCAGAAAGCUGCCCUGUGACUGGACCGGGGCUCCGUGUUUAAUGGAAAGAGGAAGGAGUGUGAUACUGAAGGGAGGAGAAAGGAUCAGACGGAACGUGUGGUGUAAUGUAAUUCAUGCACCACUUUUGAAUGCUUUUGCCAAAUAAUCAAAGUGUGUUUAUUACAACCUGCAGACCUACAACAGGGUCUCUGGUUCUGGAAGAUGGUUACACAUCAGAAUCGUCGAUGGAGUUUUUAAAAAAAUCAGAUAUCCAGGCUUUACCCAUAGAGAUUCUGAGUCAGUAGGUGUUGAGUGGGAGAUGGCGAGAAAGAAGUUUAAAAAGUUUACUGCUUUGGAGCUUAUGCUCAGUGCUCUUCUGCUGGUAGUGUUUGUCAUCACCAUUCCUAUGUUUGUGCUUUUGGCCAAAGAGUCUUUGGAAUCCACAGAUUCUGGGACAAGUGCACCCCCUAGCUCUGUGGAGUGCCCUGUGGUAAAUGAGCAGGAGCGGAUCAACUGUAUCCCUGACCAGCUGCCAACAAAGGCCACGUGUGACCAGCGAGGUUGCUGCUGGAAACCUCAGGGAACCAUCAGCGUGCCCUGGUGCUACUAUUCCACGAGUUACGGCUAUCAGACAGAGGGAGAGCUCGUGAACACGAGGGCAGGAUUCACAGCCCAGCUGAGGAGGCUGCCUUCCCAAUCCCUGUUUGGAAGCGACGUCGACAACGUCCUCCUCACAGCGGAAUACCAGACAUCCAACCGAUUCCAUUUUAAGUUAACUGACCAGAACAAGGACAGGUACGAAGUGCCCCAUGAACAUGUGCAACCCGUUGAAGGAAGCGCUGCUUCUCCUUUGGCUUACAAAGUGGAGGUCUCCAAACAGCCGUUCAGCAUCAAAGUGAUCCGGCAGAGCAACAACCGUGUUCUGUUUGACUCAAGCAUUGGGCCCCUCCUCUUUGCUGACCAGUUCCUGCAAUUAUCCAUCCGCCUGCCCAGCGCCAAUGUGUACGGGCUGGGAGAGCACGUGCACCAGCAGUACCGCCAUGACAUGAACUGGAAGACCUGGCCCAUCUUUGCCAGGGACACCAUCCCCACCGAGGAUGCGAAGAACCUAUAUGGCUCGCAGACAUUCUUCCUGUGCCUUGAAGAUGCUAGUGGCUUGUCCUUCGGGGUGUUUCUGAUGAACAGCAAUGCCAUGGAUGUUGUCCUCCAGCCUGCCCCAGCGGUUACCUACCGUGUCAUUGGGGGCAUUCUCGACUUCUAUGUGUUCUUGGGAAACACUCCAGAGCAAGUUGUUCAAGAGUAUCUAGAGCUCAUUGGUCGGCCAGUCCUGCCUCCAUACUGGGCUCUUGGGUUUCAUCUCAGCCGUUAUGAUUAUGAAAGUCUCAACAACAUGAAGGAAGUUGUGGAGAGAAACCGGGCAGCAGGGCUCCCUUAUGAUGUUCAGCAUGCCGAUAUUGAUUACAUGGACCGGAGGAAGGACUUCACUUAUGACCCAGUCAGUUAUGGAGGCUUCCCCGAGUUUGCUAAGGAGUUACACAGUAAUGGACAGAAGUUGAUCAUCAUUGUGGAUCCAGCCAUCUCUAACAACUCUUCCCUAAGCAGCCCCUAUGGCCCGUAUGACAGGGGCUCAGAUCUAAAGAUAUGGGUGAAUGCUUCAGAUGGAGUGACUCCACUCGUCGGGGAGGUCUGGCCGGGAAGAACGGUGUUUCCUGAUUACACCAAUCCCAAAUGUGCUGAGUGGUGGGCACAGGAAUUGGAGCUUUUCUACAGUCAAGUAGAGUUUGAUGGAAUAUGGAUUGAUAUGAAUGAAGUUGCCAACUUUGUUGAUGGUUCGGUUUCAGGAUGUUCCAUAAGCAAUCUGAAUUAUCCCCCGUUCACUCCCAAGAUCCUGGACGGGUACUUGUUCCGCAGCACCCUCUGCAUGGACGCCGUGCAGCACUGGGGCAAGCAGUACGACGUCCACAACCUGUACGGCUACUCCAUGGCGAUCUCCACUGCCGAAGCUGUCAAGACUGUAUUCCCCAAUAAGAGGAGCUUCAUUCUAACCCGUUCUACCUUUGCGGGAUCUGGCAAGUUUGCAGCCCAUUGGCUAGGGGACAACACGGCCACCUGGGAUGACCUCCAGUGGUCCAUCCCCGGCAUGCUUGAGUUCAACCUUUUCGGGAUUCCAAUGGUGGGUCCUGACAUCUGCGGCUUCAAUGGGGACGUCUCCGAGGAGCUCUGCAGAAGGUGGAUGCAGCUGGGAGCGUUCUACCCAUUUUCCCGGAAUCACAAUGGCCAAGGCUACAAGGCUCAGGACCCUGCCUCCUUUGGAGCCGACUCCCUGCUGGUCAACUCCUCCAGGCACUAUCUGAACAUCCGAUACACCUUGCUGCCCUACCUGUACACCCUCUUCUACCACGCACACACCUGCGGGCACACCGUGGCCCGGCCCCUGCUGCAUGAGUUCUACAAUGACAGCAACACUUGGGGUGUGCACCGGCAGUUUCUGUGGGGGCCAGGCCUCCUCAUCACCCCAGUUUUGGAUGAGGGUGCAGAGAAAGCGCUGGCCUACGUGCCGGAUGCCGUCUGGUACGAAUACGAGACCGGGGCCCAGGUAACGUGGAGGAAACAGCAAGUUGAGAUGGACCUUCCUGGAGACAAAAUUGGACUCCACCUCCGAGGAGGCUACAUCUUCCCCACCCAGCAGCCCAGCACCACGACUGAGGCCAGUCGGCGGAACCCUCUCGGCCUCAUCAUUGCCCUAGAUGAGAACAAAGAAGCCGAAGGGGAUCUCUUCUGGGAUGACGGAGAAAGCAGAGAUACUGUGGCCAAUAACACGUAUGUCUUCUGUAAGUUUUCUGUCACCCAGAACCAGUUGCAUGUGAAUGUUUUGCAGUCAGCCUACAAAGACCCCAAUAAUUUAGCAUUUGAGGAGAUUAAAAUCCUUGGGAUCCAGGAACCCAGCAACGUUACUGUGAAGCACAAUGGUGUCCAAAGUCAGACUUCUCCUAAAGUCACGUACGAUCCUAACCUCCAGGUGGCCAUUAUCACAGAGCUCAGCCUUCUCCUGGGGGAGGCGUACACGGUGGAGUGGGGCGUGAAGAUAAGUGAUGCAGAGAAGAUCGACUGCUACCCGUACGAGCAGGGUGCUUCUGCAGAAAACUGCUCGGCUCGCGGCUGCGUCUGGGAGGAAUCCACUACUGAGGGAGUCCCUUUUUGCUAUUUUGUCAACGAUCUGUACUCUGUCAGUAAUGUUCAGUACAACGCAGACGGGGCCAGCGCCGACAUCUCCUUAAAGACUCGUCUUUAUGCUGAUGCCUUUCCUUCAACCCCCGUGGCCUCCCUCCGCCUGGACGUCACCUACCACAAGGAUGACAUGCUGCAGUUCAAGAUUUAUGAUUCCAGCAACAGUCGGUAUGAAGUCCCAGUGCCUCUCAACAUACCCAGCACACCGUCCAGCACCUCUGAGGGUCGGCUCUAUGAUGUCCUCAUUAAGAGGAACCCGUUUGGGAUUCAAAUUCGCAGGAAGAGCACAGACACUAUCAUCUGGGACUCUCAGGUCCUUGGCUUCACCUUCAACGACAUGUUCAUCCGCAUCUCCACUCGCCUCCCCUCCCACUACGUCUAUGGCUUUGGGGAAACUGAGCACACAGCCUUCCGCAGAGACCUGAACUGGCACACGUGGGGCAUGUUCUCACGGGACCAGCCCCCAGGGUACAAGCUGAACUCUUAUGGCGUGCACCCCUACUACAUGGCGCUGGAGGAGGACGGCAACGCCCACGGAGUGCUCCUGCUCAACAGCAACGCCAUGGAUGUAACGUUCCAGCCCAUGCCUGCCCUGACAUACCGUACCACAGGGGGAAUUCUGGACUUUUAUGUGGUCUUGGGGCCAACCCCAGAGAUUGUCACUCAGCAGUACACUGAGUUGAUCGGCCGUCCUGUGAUGGUGCCUUACUGGGCCUUGGGGUUUCAGCUGUGUCGCUAUGGAUACGAGAAUGACACGGAGAUCGCCAACUUGUAUGAUGCAAUGGUGGCUGCCCAGAUUCCCUACGACGUGCAGUACUCUGACAUUGACUACAUGGAGCGGCAGCUGGACUUCACCCUCGGCCCCAAGUUUGCCGGGUUACCUGCUCUGAUCACGCGCAUGAAGAACAAUGGGUUGCGGGUCAUUCUUAUCCUGGACCCAGCCAUUUCUGGUAAUGAGACCCAACCCUAUCGUGCGUUCACCCGGGGCCUGGAGAACGACGUCUUCAUCAAGGAUCCCAAUGGUGACAUUGUCUGGGGAAAGGUCUGGCCUGAUUUCCCUGGUGUUGUCGUUAACGACUCUCUAGACUGGGACAGCCAAGUGGAGCAAUACCGAGCUUACACAGCCUUUCCAGACUUUUUCCGUAAUUCAACCAUCGAGUGGUGGAAGAGGGAGAUGAAGGAAAUGCACACCAAUCCACUGAAUCCAGAGAAAAGCUUGAAGUACGACGGCAUGUGGAUUGACAUGAAUGAGCCCUCGAGCUUUGUCAACGGGGCCGUCCCCCCGGGCUGCAAAGACUCCACCCUCAACCACCCCCCGUACAUGCCAGCUCUGGAGUCCAGGGACAGCGGCCUGAGCAGCAAGACGCUGUGCAUGGAGAGCCAGCAGGUGCUGCCGGACGGCUCCCUGGUGCGGCACUACGACGUGCACAGCCUGUACGGCUGGUCCCAGACCAGGCCCACCUACGAAGCUGUGCAGGAGGUGACAGGGGAGCGAGGCAUCAUCAUCACCCGCUCCACCUUCCCCUCCUCUGGCCGCUGGGCAGGACACUGGCUGGGAGAUAACACGUCUGCGUGGAACCAGCUGAAGAAAUCCAUCAUCGGCAUGAUGGAGUUUAGCCUCUUUGGCAUAUCCUAUACGGGAGCAGAUAUUUGUGGGUUCUUUCAAGACGCAGAAUAUGAGAUGUGUGUCCGCUGGAUGCAGCUGGGGGCCUUCUACCCCUUCUCCAGGAACCACAACACCAUCGGGACCAGGAAAGCAGACUGGAUUUCUGACUGGACCCCAAGCUGGUCAGUGUCUCCAGGGUUUGGACUCAUCACUGUUGGAAGCCCUGACUGUGGUACCUUGGUUUCCCUUCUCAGGUUUGUGUCAGACCAGGUGACCUGGGAUAUAGACGGUCAGUUCCUGCUGGGCCCUGCCUUCCUGGUCAGCCCUGUCCUGGAGCCUAAUGCCAGAAACGUCAGCGCGUAUUUCCCUAGAGCCCGCUGGUAUGAUUACUACACGGGUGUGGACAUUAAUGCCCGGGGAGAGUGGAGGACGCUGCCAGCCCCUCUUGACCACAUUAAUCUCCACGUGCGUGGGGGCUACAUCCUGCCCUGGCAGGAGCCUGCGCAGAACACCCAGCUGAGCCGCCAGAAGUUCAUGGGCUUCAAGGUUGCCUUGGAUGACCAGGGCACCGCUAACGGCUGCCUCUUCUGGGACGACGGGUACAGCAUUGAUACCUAUGAAAAUGGAGAGUAUUACUUGGCCCACUUUUCUGUCAGCCAGAAUACGAUGAAGAGUCAUAUAAUGGUCGAUAACUACUUCAGUGGCACAAAUUCUUUGAAACUGGGAUACUUGGAGAUCUGGGGAGUGGGCAGUGUUCCCAUCACCACUGUCAGCGUCUCUGCGAAUGACACUGUGAUCACACCGGCCUUCAACUACAACUCUACAACACAGGUGCUAACCAUUAACAUAACCAGCGACAAUAUCAACCUGCAUAACUUCAGUUCAUUGACGUGGACAAGCACUCUGUGAAUCCUCAGAGCAAGAGCCUGACUCUGAAGCUCCUUAUUUUUCACGCUCAUAAAAUUAGUGUGUGUUGCUAAUUGGUUCAUGCCCAGUAUGGGUAAAUUGUUAUUGAUUUUAAUGUAUGUUUUAUCUGUGAAUCCUAAGGGUUGAAUCUGAAUCCUGCAGAGAGGGCAGGAGGGCGGGGUGGAAAAUCUAUAGGCAGCCUUAAUGUCUACAUGUGAUUAGUGUGGUACUGAUGGUUCACCAUGCAACAUUUGCUAAAGAGAAACUGAGUCCAUGAUGUAGUGCAUGUAUGUGUGUGUGCGUGCAUGUGUAUAUGUGCGUGCAGUUGGGGAAUGGGCCCCAUCCUCUGGCCAAGUGCACAAGGAAUACCUUGCCAGGUAGAUGUUGGUGAUGGUUGCACAACAUGAUUGAUGUAAUUGGCCUCGUUGAAUUGUACAAGUGAAAAAUAUUGAGCUGGCAAGUGUUAUGUUACCUAUAACUAAUAAGAAGGAAAAAGAAAGAAAGAAAUACCUUGCCAGUACAGUUCCAGCUCUGGGAGCUAACCAACACCUCCAGGAAGAAUCCAGAAAGACUAGCUGCUUGUUGGUGACAGGGAUUGGGAAACAAGAUUCCGAAAGCUUGAUAAAGAGGAAGAAAAGCAAACGCGAGGAAAGCUAAGCAGGAAAGAUCAAAGGAAGCAGCGGAUGGUGA